GCACGCGAGGCACCUAUAUAGAUCGCGCGCUCCGCGAUUGUGCAACUUGGUGAAAUCGCGAUCGCGUCGAGUUUUGUCCGGCCGACUGUUUAUCGUUGCUCAAUAAAAGAAUUGUUAAAAACGGUGAUUUAUUGCGAUGCAAUUCGAUUCGGUUAUCGCUUGUCGUAAUCGCGUAAACUCAAGACAAGAUUACGAUGACGAUGCACGUAUACUAAUCGCAGAUAAAUGGAGAUAAUGUAGGCGGACACCUCCUACGGGCGAUAGAGUUUCAUACGUUUGCCCGUCCGUUCUUCCUAAUAGGCGCGUACGUCGGGCCCGAUUUGCCAAAAAUGGUUCAGCGUCAUCACGUGCGGGGAUACGAAAACUUUCUCAAGUAUAUGGAGGACCUAAAGGCCACGACGCCAAUUUACGUGCUGUAUACCGGCACGAAGCUGCCGGACACCGGCGAGAGCUGGUGCCCGGACUGCGUGGAAGCUGAGCCAUUUAUUGAAAAGGGUUUUGAAGCAGCACCUGAGAAUACACUAUUGGUAAUAGUGGAGGUUGGGGAUCGGCCGUUCUGGAAAGACCACAAUUGUCCAUUCAGGACAAAUCCUGUUACCAAGUUGAAGGUCUUGCCAACUCUAGCUAGAUGGGGAACUCAGAAACGUUUAGAAGGUGAUCAAUUACUGAACCUUGAGCUUAUCGAUAUGUUACUAACAGAUGAAGACUAAAAGUACUUGUAAUAUAUGCUUUUCUUUAUUUUCUUAUAAAAAGUAUAUAUAUCUUGAUUUAUAAACGUACAUAAACGAGCAUUUUUGUAUUGUA